UCCCUCAUCGCGUCGGGAACUGCCGCUUGCAGAAUGGAUCGCGCCCUGUUCGGAUCAACCAAAAGGCUUCCCCAAUGUCUACCGCGAAUUCGGUUCCUUGCUCCCAGAACACUAUGGCACUUGCGGUAUCCACCGCGCUGCUCCGGCUUGCUGCCCUCUACAUAAUGAAGUGGGGGUAUGACCGCCUCAGCGAUCUUCCUAACGCCAAAGCUAUUGGAGGUCAACGUGGGGGAUACUUUCAGUUUUUGACUAUCCAGGGUCUUGUCCUUGCAUGGGUCACCAUCUUCCUCGCUCUCAUAUCGGACCUCUUUCACAGUGUAUCCCUCAUUAGAACGGUCAAGCGGAAGCUUCUCAUGAUUUCCCUCCCGGUUGCUACCGUUGUUGCGUCAGUCUUUUGGACGCUUAAUGCUAGCGCACCCCAUCUCCUGCUCCCUUCAGAAAGUCCUUCUGCCUCUGCCACUCCUUCACUCAUAAGGGCACCUUUACCCGUUGACUUGGCACUCCAUGCCAUCCCUUCCCUAGCAAUGGUGUUUGAAUUCUUCUUCAGAGAAGAGGCAUACACGAAAUAUGAGAUAAAGAAGAAUGCAUGGGUCAUGGCGGUGUCAUUCACAACAUGGUACAGCGGAUGGGUAGAGUAUCUUGCAUCUAUCAACAAGAGAUACCCGUAUCCCUUUCUGGAAGCUCCAGUUACCGUUCGCAUUGGGAUUUACAUUGGUGCUGCAACAUUCGGAUAUUUCUCAUUCCGUGUGCUAAAUAGUUUGCAUCGCGGAAAGCCCCUGCUCAAGGGCUGACCAUCGACGCUCAUCCAAGUGCUUGCCAAAGUGCAUUCCUCCGCUGUCGCUUGCGUCCAAGUUGUUUCAGUCGAAUGCAUGGACGUGCGGUGACGAAAGUGACUUUUCGCUUUGUUGCCUUAUUUUGCACUCCAUUGUGAAGCGCAAACUUUGCCGUAAUUACAUGUCAACUUAGACUCCUAUUCGAUGCCACAGUCCCGAGUUGCCUUUCCACAUUGGAACCUCAUGACAUUUGAGUGCAUGUGAUUAUUGGUGGCGCAUAGCGAAGACUUAUGUGCCUAGUUGUCGAGAGGAGCUCCAACUUCCCGAAAGAUUCUUACGGCGAGGUGCGUUCAGGUGACCAAUGAAGAGAAGUAUAUUAUCAUAUCUGGAAUAUCCAAUAUGCUUGGCCGAGACUUCCGGCAGGCCAUUGUCAAGCUGCUGAAGGCA